UCGCGUCCUGCCUCCUACUUUCGAGGCCCCAUGGGCCUGCAGCUCUGUCAAUCUGCGCUCCUAGCCAAUCCGUGGCGUCCGCCUCCUCCAAUCACAACGCGGUGUGGGCCCCCCCGCCCCCGGCCACGGACAAGGGAAGCGGCCAGAGCGAGGCUCCACCCCUCGGAGAGAGAGGGGGAGGGACCAGUCCGGCGGCCGCUCCUGGGCGUAGCUCUGGCCGAGCGCCAUCGUCACGUGACGCGAGGCAGCCUCAGACUCCCCUUUCACGUGACCACGGAGCCAAUAGGACUCGCAAAGGGGCGGAGGCUGCGGUCGCCCAAUGGAAAGGGGGAGGCGGUUUGCCUGGGAAGUGCUGGAGGAGCCGGGAGCAGCGGCUGGCUAGUCCCUGCUCCAGGCCCCACAUCCCCAGGCUGCACUGUGCGGCAGCAGGCAGAAAGGCUGCAUGCGCGGGGCAGGCGCGAGACAUCUGGCUGUGCAGCCAUGAAGUGUGUUGUCAUCGGGGGAAACGUGAAAGUCCUUGGCAAAGCCGUGCAUGCCCUGUCCCGCAUUGGUGACGAGCUGUAUGUGGAGCCCACGGAGAACGGGCUGUCUUUACGUGCUGUGAACUCAUCUCGCUCGGCCUACGCCUGCUUCCUGUUCGCCCCGCUCUUCUUCCAGCUGUAUGAGGCAGGGGGCCCAGAUGCCCAUGGGGAGCUCUUCCGUUGCAAGGUCCUCAUGAAGACAUUCCUGGCCAUUUUCCGAUCGCUGCCCUCACUGGAGAAGACGGUAAGCAAAUGCCUCAUCUCGCUGAACCCCCGGGCCAGCCGGCUGGUUGUACAGUUGCACUACAGAUACGGUGUCACCAAGACUCACAACCUGUCAUUCCAAGAGUGCGAGCUGCUUCAGGCCAUCUUCGACAAGCAGCUGUGCACCAGCACUCUCUGCGCCUCUGCCCGGGUCCUGGUGGAUGCCGUGGUGCACUUCCCAGUAACGCUGGCUGAAGUGACGCUGGGGGUUGGCCCCAGCGGGAAGGUGAGCUUGCGCAACUAUGUGGAUGAGGAGACAGAGCCCAGCAAGACAAUGGUGACUGAGCUGUGCCUCUCUGAGGAUGAGUUCCAGGAUGUGCGGGUGCCACAGGAAACCCAGGUUACCUUUUGCCUCAAGGAGUUCCGGGGCCUCCUGAGCUUCGCUGAGUCCUCAAACCUGCCCCUCAGCAUCCACUUUGACACGCCUGGCAGGCCAGCUGUGUUCUCCCUGGAGGACCCCCUGCUGGAAGUGCACCUGGUCUUGGCCACCCUGGCUGACUCCAAUGCCAGCUCACAGGCCCAGACAGCCAACAGUGCCUGCCACAAAUGUGCCCCUGACGAGGACUUUGCUGUUGAUGACCUUGAGUCCUACAUGAUCGCCAUGGAAACCACCACUGGUGAUGAGGGGGCAGAGCCACCUCCAAGCCCCACCUUCCCCGUGCGGUGCCCCAGUCCAGCCACUGCUCUAGAGGCAGAGAGAAGCACUCUGGAUAGCGACAAGGACGAGGACGAAGAUGGGGCUGUGCCAGGGACGCCCCCACAGAAAAAGUUCCGCUCCCUGUUCUUUGGGUCAGUGCUGACACAGUCGCAGGCCAGAGCUCACCCUACUCCCAGCCAAGAGGUGCUGGCCGAGGACAGUGAGGGCGAAUGCUGAGCCAGGACUACUCUCCUCUCUCCCAGCCUAUUUUCUUCCUAGAAGCAUUUUGAAGAUGGAGAAGCGGCUGGACUCCGCCCCCCCAUCCCCCACAGCACUGGAGCCCUGUGGGCCUACAGUAGAGACAGUGUGGGAACAGACACUGCAAAUAAACCAAUUGUGAUACACAAUGGCUGGGGAGCAGCUGCUGGGAUCUGGGGCAGUCAAUCUCCCCUCCCAUCCCCACCCCACAAUGCCGGUCAGGAGGUGGAAGGAGCAGUGGCUCAGAGUCCCUUUUGAAGGGUAUGAGUGUAAUGUCAGGCCAGUCAGAUCCUCCCCACAACCAAAUCCCACUAAAUGGGGGCUAGGGGCGACUGGCCCCCACAGCAGCUCCUUUCCACGUACUCCAGGCCUGAUCCCUGCCCCUCUAAAGGGACCAGGCCAGUUAUUUCAGGCUCAGGGUUCCUGCCCCUGCUCUGCAGCUCUCCCUGGACUGGCCCCCUGCUCCCUGGCCAAGGCUGUGAGCGCCAGGGGAGGCGGUCCCAAGGCAGCCAACUGGCGCUGUCCCCCUGGGCUAAGCCUGGCUCAAGGCUGGGCUGUUAAUUCCCCUGAGAGUUGCCUUGGCAUGCAGAGGGCCAGGCACAGAGCCAGGCUUGUGCGACAACUGAAGCAGAGUUCAAGGGCUGGGCUGUGCAUGCUCUGCAGAGCCCCCACCACUGAAGCUUAGUGCGACCCAAAGUACAAGAUUCUCACACAUACACCACCCCCUGCAAAAGGUUUCCCCUAGACACAGCUAUGUGCUGCUUGCUUUCUCAUAUCAUUCCCCCUCUAUUCAGAGAUCUCUGAAUUGAGGUACUAUGAUGCUCUGGGCUGGGCCAGCAACAGAGGCCAGAGUUCUGCAUUCCUACACCUGCCAGGCUGGGGAACACCCCCUGGCCCUGAACACAGCCAGCAAGAACCCCAGUAGCAGCUCUGGCUAUAGGGAGAGCCUGACCCAUUUCCCCAAAUGCAAGGCCUGUGCUCCUAGACCAGCAUUCUUCCCUUCCCUCUCAUUUGUAGGGUGACAAGAUUUACAUGAGCUGAGACUCGAGAUGUCCAUGUCCAGGUGCCACCCUGAAGCAGAGAGCCCCCAGGCUGUCCCUUUCCUACUGCAUGACCAGUGCCUCCAGGCUCUUGAGGUCCCUCCACAGUACAGGGCAGAAAAUAGUGGCCUCUCCGAGUCCCAUGCCCCAUAGCUGGGCCACAGGGUACAAAGCAUACCUUCUGGCUCACAGUCCCUGGUCCUGUGGCAUACAGCAGCUAGACCCUUCCCAGCAGCAGCUAAAUGUUUAUACACCUCUACUUCAUAGACAGGUAAGGGUAGGAAGACCCCACAAGAACACUCAAGACCCAGCUGGGGAUAAUGGGAAACAAAGGCAGCAGAUGGUGGCAUCUAAGUAACCUUUGAUCUGGAAGUGAAAGCUAGAUGCUUCCUUCCUCCACUCACUGGCUUGAAAACUAAACCAGGCAAAGGCCAUAGAUUAAGAAUUUCUGUUAAACGUUUAUUCAAAAAACUGAGCAUUGGAUGGAGAUGGGAGAGACGGGGGCCGAGCUGGCAAAAAAGGACUAUCCAAAAAACAAAAAAAAAAAAAAAA